AUGGAUUUCGAGCGUGACUUCCCGCCACUCGGAUUGGGCGUCUCUUCUCCGCACUCUUCUCCACCCUCUUCUCUGCCUCUAAAUUCCCCUAGCACCAUUCAUUCACUCGAUUUCACUGAGGAUCUUGAUGGAGAAGAGGAGGAUUUAAUGGGUGAAUUGAACGAUGGAGACUCGUUGAUGUCUCCUUGUUCAAUUCCAUCACCACUACUUCAAUAUCGAUCGCCGAGUGAGUACGGAGGACCAGAUACGGCUCAAUUACUCGAAUUUGUCAAUAGCCGAUUGUCGAGUGUUGAGCAAAACGAUUUUGGAUCGGAUAUCACGUCAAUGGCAUCAUCCGAGUCGCGCGAGGGCUCGACCUCACUUUUCUACGAUGUGAUACAGGCUCAAGUGGCCUUAUGGACUUGCGUGGUUUCUCUUCUCUACUCGUACGCGUGGCGACAACAUCGAAAGAAGUUCAUCAUGAGCAUUUUCCUCAUCGUGCCCACCGUUUUCACCGCCUCGUGCGUGAUCUCGGGUUUAUUGACGACAAUCGUUGUGCUGGGAAGACUUUUCUCCACUCCUUACACUUACACAGAUUUCAUUAAUCUCAAGGAUAAGAUUUUGCCUGCGGAUGAAGAGUUGAUGGGACGAAAGAGGACUUUGUCGGGAGCGUCGACGAUCAGUUGGCACAGUGAGCAAGAUCUGCUGCCACGUCCACUUUGUCGUCGUCACUCGGCGUCAAACGGAAGUGUCAACAAUGCUUCAAGGCCACCAUCAAGGAAAUUAUCCUAUUGUUAUAGUCAUUUCUCAGCCGAGAAUGGUAUUGAAGAGAAAACUGAA